UCCCGCAGCCACCGGCGGGUCUCCGGGAGGGAGGCAAAGUCUCAGUGCCGCCUCGGAUGGCAGCGACGCCAGGCUCCAGCCGCUGAGCGGUGGCAUCCCCCGUCCGCAAGCGCAUCGCCCCCGCCCCAUGCUCGUCUGCCCCCCCCCCCCCCCGCCAGCUCCGCGCCCAGUCUCAGCCGCGCUUGGCACGGGGAAGGGGCGCUCGCCUCCCGGCCGCGGACGAGGGGGCUCCGCUGCGUCAAAGGCGGGCGCUCGGAGGGGGUCACCGAGCUGGGGGGGAGGGGGGCGGGCGAGAGGCGCCUUCCGGGAGGAGUCCCCCCGCGGCGCUGCGUGGCGCGCGGCGCCCUGUGAUUGGAGGGAGGGGAAGCCCCCUCCCCCCCCCCGCGCUGGAGCUGCCCGGAGCGCGGACGGACUCGGGCUGGCCGCGCAAGUUCUCCCCAGCGGAGCUAGCAGGCGCCCGGGCACGUGUCUGAGAGCAUCCAGCGAGGACUUCGCUGGAGAGCCACCCCCAGCCGCUUGGAUUAAAAGCCUCCCUGCAGCAGCCGACCGGGGGGGGGGGGGGAAGAGGAGGCAGGUAAGUGGCGGCUCAGACCGGGUGCGGGUGUUUUCGGGGGGCGGGCGGGGAGCCUGAGGAGGCGCCGGGACGAUAUUUCUCCCUGAUUUUAUCCCCUCGUUCUCCCUCGCUAAACUGCUCCCAGUCCAAAGUCAGAUGGCGCUGCUCUGCCGAGGCCGGGGCUGGCUUGGCGUGGUUCGCCUUCAGAAGUUUCCUUUUCGCCGUGUUCUCCGGUCUGUGUGUUUGGAAAGAGACUCUGUGCAAAUAGCCUGAGCUCGGAGAGAGCGGGGUCAGCGCGCUUUGGAAAAGCCAUCGGAAAUACACACGCCAGAUGUGACAGCAGAAAUAAUCGAGAACUGUGAUAACGAUUUCAAAAAGAAAAUAGCAAGACGGUCGCCCUGUUUCUGCACGUACCUAUUAUACCAUUUCUCUGGUGAAGGCUAUUCAGCAGUGGUGACCUUUUCCAAUCGAACACUCCACAAAUUAUUAUCUCUGGAGUCCGGAGACUAGAGCUACUGAGCCAACUGGAAUUGCGCCCACUCUCUUAUCAAGGUUUUUUCUUACAUAGGGGAAAAAAAGAUGAAGUUGGGCAAAGUGGAGUUCUGCCAUUUUUUGCAGAUAAUAGCUCUUUUCCUGUGUCUUUCUGGGAUGAAUCAAGCUGAACUCUCAAGGUCCAGAUCAAAGCCCUACUUUCAAUCAGGGAAGCCGAGAACCAAGCGCAGCUGGGUGUGGAAUCAAUUCUUUGUGCUGGAGGAAUACAUGGGUACAGACCCUCUCUAUGUAGGAAAGCUUCACUCUGAUGUUGAUAAAGGAGAUGGCUCCAUCAAAUACAUCUUGUCAGGCGAAGGGGCAAGUUCCAUUUUCAUUAUUGAUGAGAACACGGGGGAUAUUCAUGCUACAAAGAGGCUGGAUCGGGAAGAGCAGGCCUACUAUACGCUCCGAGCACAAGCACUAGAUAGGCUCACUAAUAAACCUGUGGAACCAGAGUCGGAGUUCGUCAUUAAGAUUCAGGACAUCAAUGACAAUGAACCAAAAUUUCUGGAUGGCCCUUACACUGCUGGGGUUCCGGAGAUGUCUCCCGUGGGAACUUCUGUGGUUCAGGUAACAGCUACUGAUGCAGAUGACCCUACUUAUGGCAAUAGUGCCAGAGUGGUUUACAGUAUUCUGCAAGGACAACCUUACUUUUCUGUGGAGCCAAAGACAGGUAUUAUCAAGACUGCCCUUCCGAACAUGGAUAGGGAGGCCAAAGACCAGUAUUUACUUGUUAUUCAAGCAAAGGAUAUGGUUGGACAAAAUGGUGGACUGUCCGGGACCACAUCUGUAACUGUCACCCUGACCGAUGUCAAUGAUAACCCACCACGGUUUCCACGGAGGUCAUAUCAGUAUAAUGUCCCCGAGUCCUUGCCUGUGGCUUCAGUGGUGGCCAGAAUAAAAGCUGCAGAUGCUGAUGUGGGCCCUAAUGCUGAAAUGGAAUAUAAGAUUGUGGAUGGUGAUGGCCUUGGAGUUUUCAAAAUUUCUGUUGACAAAGAUACACAGGAAGGAAUCAUUACUAUUCAGAAGGAGCUGGAUUUUGAAGCUAAAACAAGCUAUACACUGAGGAUAGAAGCAGCAAAUAAGCAUGUUGACUCUCGCUUUCAAAGUCUGGGACCCUUUAGCGAUAUGACAACAGUGAAGAUAAUUGUGGAGGAUGUGGAUGAGCCUCCUGUAUUUACUUCCCAUUUGUAUUCCAUGGUAGUGUCUGAAGCAGCAAAGGUUGGCACCAUCAUUGGAACAGUUGCAGCCCGUGACCCUGAUAUCUUGAACAGCCCUGUUAGAUACUCAAUCGACCGAAACACAGACCUGGAGAGAUAUUUCAAUAUUGAUGCCAACAGUGGAGUCAUUACAACUGCCAAGUCUUUGGAUAGAGAAACUAAUGCUGUUCAUAACAUCACUGUCUUGGCUAUGGAGAGUCAGAACCCAGCACAGAUUGGGAGAGGAUAUGUGGCCAUCACUAUCCUUGACAUCAACGACAAUGCCCCCGAGUUUGCCAUGGAGUAUGAGACCACAGUCUGUGAAAAUGCUCAGCCUGGCCAGGUAAUCCAGAAAAUCAGUGCUGUUGAUAAAGAUGACCCACCCAGUGGUCACCAGUUCUACUUCAGUUUGACAGCAGAAGCAGCAAAUAACCAUAACUUUACUCUGCAAGAUAACAAAGACAACACCGCAUCUGUGCUAACCAGGAGAAAUGGAUUCCGGAGACAGGAACAGUCUGUUUUCUACUUGCCAAUAUUCAUUGUGGACAGUGGCUCGCCUUCCCUUAGUAGCACCAAUACCCUCACUAUCAGAGUUUGUGACUGUGAUGCCGACGGAAUUGCCCAAACAUGCAAUGCAGAGGCAUACAUCUUGCCUGCAGGACUUAGCACUGGCGCACUUAUAGCAAUACUUGCUUGUGUCCUGACAUUAUUAGUGCUGGUCUUGCUGAUUGUCACCAUGAGACGGCGGAAAAAAGAGCCACUCAUUUUUGAUGAGGAGAGAGAUAUCAGGGAAAACAUAGUCAGAUAUGAUGAUGAGGGUGGCGGAGAAGAAGACACGGAGGCUUUUGAUAUGGCUGCCUUGAGAAACCUCAACAUCAUCCGAGACACCAAGACCAGAAGGGAUGUGACUCCCGAGAUUCAGUUCUUGAGCAGACCAACUUUUAAAAGUAUCCCAGAUAAUGUCAUUUUUAGGGAAUUUAUCUGGGAGAGACUAAAAGAGGCUGAUGUGGAUCCCUGUGCCCCGCCAUAUGAUUCCUUGCAGACAUAUGCCUUUGAAGGAAAUGGCUCAGUGGCUGAGUCACUCAGCUCUUUAGAUUCCAUCAGUUCAAACUCUGAUCAGAAUUAUGAUUACCUCAGUGACUGGGGGCCUCGUUUUAAACGACUUGCGGAUAUGUAUGGAACUGGACCUGACAGCUUGUACUCAUAGCCUUGGAACCUUUCUAUGUAAAUGCAUUGAAGAAAAACAAAAACAAAAACUUAACAUCUGGACUAAGGCAAGUUGUAAAUAUUUCUCCAUUUUUAACCUUUUAGGUUUUUUUGCCUUGGUGAAGCAUAUUUUCAUUAGACUUGUCCUAGGGACUGCACUGACCACACAGAUCCUGAGCAUUUGAUGGCAUUUUUGAUAAAAUUAGAUGCUCAGACAUAUCCAAAUAGAUAGCAACCCUCAUAUACCUGCAGAGGCAACUAACUUCUAAGAGUAUGUCGCGCACUGUGACUUCAAUGAGCCAAUGAUACCCUAUAGAUGCCUUCACAGUACUGCCACGUCUAGAUUGUAAAGUCUCUAAUAAGGGAUAAGUAGAAGAGGAAACAAACAAAACACAAUAUCUCAUUCAAAACAGUCUUACAAUACUGUAGUUUUCUGAUU